AUGGUCAAAAUUCGGGUAAAGACUCCCAUUGUGGAAAUGGACGGUGACGAACAAACAAGGAUCAUAUGGCAUUUGAUUCGGGAGAAACUAAUUCUGCCCUUCUUGGACAUAGAUUUGCGGUACUAUGAUCUUUCGAUCGAGAAUCGCGACGCUACGAACGAUCAAGUUACUGUAGAUUCGGCCAUUGCGACUCAAAAAUUUGGCGUGGCGGUGAAAUGCGCUACUAUCACUCCGGAUGAGGCACGCGUGGAAGAGUUCAAGCUAAAACAGAUGUGGAAAUCGCCCAACGGAACAAUCAGGAACAUAUUGGGCGGAACUGUGUUCCGCGAGCCCAUCAUCAUCCCUAAAAUCCCUCGACUGGUCUCCAAAUGGACACAGCCGAUUGUGAUCGGCAGGCACGCUUUUGGAGACCAAUACAAGGCUACAGAUGCGGUGAUUCCGGGCGAGGGCGAACUCAAGCUCGUUUUCAAGUCCAAGGAUGGUGAGCACGACCUUGAUUUGAGUGUUUUUAAUUUCCCAGCGGCUGGGGGAGUGGCUUUGGCCAUGUACAACACCACAGAAUCCAUCGAAGGAUUCGCCCGGGCAAGUUUCGAAUUGGCUUUGCAUCGCAAAAUGCCGCUCUACUCCACAACCAAGAAUACGAUAUUGAAGAAGUAUGACGGAAAGUUCAAAGAUAUUUUUGAGAGCAUGUAUGCUAGAGAUUACGAAUCUAAGUUCAAGGAGCUCGGUAUCUGGUAUGAGCAUCGUCUCAUUGAUGACAUGGUGGCCCAAAUGCUUAAAUCUACCGGCGGUUUCAUUAUCGCCAUGAAAAACUAUGAUGGCGAUGUCCAAUCUGAUAUUGUGGCUCAAGGGUUUGGCUCAUUAGGGCUUAUGACUUCGGUGCUUGUCACACCUGAUGGCAAGAGUUUCGAGAGUGAAGCAGCACACGGAACUGUAACGAGACACUAUCGACUUCAUCAAGCGGGCAAAGAGACUUCUACCAACUCAAUUGCAUCUAUUUUUGCGUGGACCAGAGGCAUCAUGCAGAGAGGAAAGCUGGACGAAAGCCCAGCCGUGGUGAAAUUCGCGGAGGUAGUAGAAAAGGCUACGAUUGACACAGUGCAGGAAGAUAACAUUAUGACUAAGGAUUUGGCGCUUAUGUUGGGCAAAACAGAUCGCAGCAGCUACGUUACUACUGAAGAGUUCAUUGAUGCUGUGGAACGGCGUCUUAGUAGUGCCUUCAAGGCGUGCUGGUAA